AUGAGAAUCACAUUAGUUUCAUUCCUUCUUUGCUACUACAGCAUAUAUCUCAGUUUCCAAAUCUUUGUUACCUCUGCCAAAUGUCUUGAGGAUCAACAAUCAUUGUUGCUUCAAUUAAAAAACAAUCUCACAUUCAACCAUGAAAGUUCCACCAAACUAGAAUUGUGGAAUAAAAGCAUUGCUUGCUGCAAUUGGAGUGGUGUUACAUGCAACAAUGAUGGACAUGUUAUCGGCCUUGAUCUGAGUGACGAAAAGAUCGAUGGUGGAUUUAACGAUUCAAGUAGUCUUUUCAGUCUUCAACAUCUCCAAAAAUUAAACUUGGCAUACAACCAUUUCAAUUCUCACAUUCCAUCAAGAUUCAUCAAGUUGGAUAAGUUGACAUAUCUGAAUUUGUCACAAGCUAGCUUUGUAGGGCAGAUUCCGAUUGAGAUUUCGCAGCUUACAAGGUUGGUUAUUCUUGAUCUCUCUGUACUUGAAUACCCAACAAUAAUACCACUUAAACUCAAAAAUCCAAAUCUGAAAAAUCUUGUCCAAAAUCUCACCAAUAUUAGGCAACUAUAUCUAGAUGGGAUAAGUAUAACAUCUCGAGGACAUGAAUUGAGCAAUGCUUUGUUGCCGUUGCGUGACUUGCAAGAAUUGAGCAUGUCUUACUGUGAUUUAUCAGGACCCCUUGAUUCUUCCCUAACAAGACUAGAGAACCUAUCAGUCAUUAUUCUUGAUGGGAACAAUUUUUCAUCACCAGUGCCGAAAACAUUUGCCAAUUUUAAAAACUUGACCACCCUCAGUCUUGCGCUUUGUGAAUUGACCGGUACAUUUCCACAUGCAAUCUUUCAGAUUGGAACACUGUCAACUAUUGACUUGUUUAACAACAAAAAUCUCCAUGGCUUUUUUCCACACUACUCAAUGAGUGAAUCUCUUCAAAUAAUUAGAGUAAGUAACACAAACUUCUAUGGAGCAUUACCUAACAUUAUUGGAAACCUGAGAAAAUUAUCUACUUUGGAUCUUUCUUUUUGUCAAUUCAAUGGAACACUUCCAAAUUCAUUGUCAAACCUCACACAACUGAGUUACUUGAAUCUGUGGUCUAACAGUUUUACCGGUCCAAUGCCAUCCUUUGACAUGGAAAAAAAACUCACCAACUCAUCAUCUUCUCACAAUCAAGGAUUGCAUAACCUUGUCACCAUUAACUUGAGCAACAAUUCUAUCACGGGUGCCAUUCCUUCAUUCCUUUUUAAACUUCCAUUGUUAAAAAAUAUUUGGCUUUCAUUGAACCACUUUAGUAAACUAGAAGAAUUCACAAUCAAUUCUUCCUCCGUAUUAGACACCCUAGAUUUAAGCAACAACGAUCUAUCAGGACCUUUUCCAAUAUCUGUCUUGCAGCUCAAGUCACUUUCUGUCCUCGAUCUUUCCACUAACAAGAUCACUGGAUCGCUGCAGCUAGACGAGCUUUUAAAGCUCAAAAAUUUAAGUGAAUUAGACCUUUCAUUCAAUAACUUAUCGAUCAAUGUGAACGUGCCACAUGUUGAUUUGUCUUUUAUUCCCAACAUUAGCUUUCUAAAAUUGGCACGCUGCAACUUGAAAACUUUUCCUAGUUUCUUGAUAAACCAUACAACAUUGAUCCAACUAGACCUUUCAGAUAACCAGAUUCAAGGAAUAGUACCAAAUUGGGUUUGGAAACUGCCAUAUCUAGAAGCUCUUAAUAUUUCUCACAAUCUUCUCACUCAUUUGGAAGGACCUUUGCAAAAUCUCACUUCCUACUGGGAAAUUCUUGACCUUCAUAACAACAAACUGCAAGGACCAAUACCUUUUUUUCUUAAAUCUGUUGAAUAUUUGGAUUACUCUACCAACAAAUUUUCUGUUAUCCCAGAAGAUAUUGGUAAUUACCUAUCUUCCACAUAUUUUCUCUCUUUUUCCAACAAUAGUUUACAUGGAAGCAUCCCUGAUUCUUUAUGCAAUGCUUCACAACUUCUAGUGCUUGAUAUUUCCUUCAACAACAUUUCUGGAACAAUUUUACCAUGUUUAAUUUCAAUGACUAGUACCCUUGAUGUAUUAAACUUAGGGAAGAACGAUCUCACUGGCCCUAUACCAGAUAUGUUUCUAGCUUCUUGUGUUGUAAGGACUUUGAACUUCCAUGAGAAUCUCUUACAUGGGCCAAUUCCAAAAUCCCUCUCCCAUUGCUCAUCAUUAAAGAUAUUGGAUAUUGGAUCAAAUCAAAUGGUUGGUCGUUUUCCAUGCUUCUUGAAGAACAUACCAACACUUAGUGUCUUGGUUUUGCGGAACAACAAAUUCCAUGGUUCCGUAAAAUGUUCACUUUCACUAGCAAAUAAGCCUUGGAAAAUGAUUCAAAUUGUGGACAUUGCUUUCAACAAUUUCAAUGGAAAACUAUCUGAAAAAUAUUUCACAGCAUGGGAAAGAAUGAUGCAUGAUGAACAUGAUGAUGUAUCGGAAUUUAUCCCGACAGUGGAGGCAUUCAACCCAUAUUAUCAUGAUAGUGUGACGGUUUCCAAUAAAGGUCAAGAUAUGGAGUUUGUUAAAAUUCUAACAAUCUUCACAGCCAUUGAUUUCUCAUCGAAUCAUUUUGAAGGACCAAUCCCGAAGGUGCUAAUGAAAUUCAAAGCAAUCCAUGUUCUCAACUUUUCAAACAACAAUCUCUCUGGUGAAAUUCCAUCAACUAUAGGAAACUUGAAACAGUUAGAGUCCUUGGACCUCUCAAAUAACUCAUUGGUUGGUGAAAUUCCCAUGCAACUUGCCAGCUUGUCCUUCCUUUCAUAUUUGAACCUCUCCUUCAAUCAUUUGGUUGGGAAGAUUCCAACAGGUACGCAACUUCAGUCAUUUGAAGCAUCUUCGUUCGAAGGAAAUUAUGGUCUAUAUGGUCCUCCGUUGACUGAAAAACCAGAUGGUAUAAGGCAGGACUUGCAUCCACAAGAAACAUGUGGAAGGCUAGCUAAGUCAAGUGACUGGAAUAUUUUAAGUGUGGAAUUUGGAUUUGUUUUCGGGCUUGGGAUUUUGAUAAUUCCCUUCAUGUUUUGGAAGCGAUGGAGGGAAGACUAUUGCAAACUUUUGGACACAAUUCUCUGCAAGAUUUUUCCCUGGAUGCAUGUUGAAUACGUAAACCACAGAGGAAAGUCAUUCACUAGUUUAAGGUGGUAG